AUGUCAAGAUCUGAAAACAUUCAUGUCUCUCUCCGUUUUCGCCCUCUGAACACCCGUGAAAUUGACGAUUAUGAAUCAAGCAUUUGAAAUAUUUCCAAAAAUUCGGUCUCAAUCAAGCCUGAGUAUGCCCAAAUUUUGCUUGAAUCCAAACGCCUAACACGACCUCCAAAAGGUUAUACUUAUAACCAUUGUUUUGCACCUAGAGACUCGAACCAAUUUGUAUAUGAUGCAAUUGGGAAACGAGUGGUGCUUGCAUCAUUGGAAGGCUACAACGGGACAAUUUUUGCAUAUGGGCAAACAGGGAGUGGGAAAACUUUUACUAUGAUGGGAGCUGAUGAGGACGAAAAUGAGGUAAAUGAAGAAAGGAAAAUACUGAACGCGACACCUUCUUUGAAGAAAGAUAGGAGAUCAGUUUCGCCGCUGUUUCGACCAAGCUCAUCUUUUCAAAAAACAACUCCUGCACCUCCUGCGAUCAUCCCAGUUGGGAUCAAAGAUAAAGGGAUUAUUUCUUUAGCGCUGGAUGACUUAUUUGCAAAUAUAAAAAAAUUUCCUGAAAAAACAUAUUUUUUGACUUGCAGCUAUUUAGAAAUUUAUAAUGAACAAGUUUUUGAUUUGCUGUCAGAAUCAGCGCAAUUUAAAGGGGAUAUACUGAGUAUCAACGAAGAUCCGACCAAAGGAUUUUACGUGAAAGGCUUAAGCGAGCAUGUAAUAAAUUCAAUAGAAGAAGUUAAAAGUUUUUUAGAAAAAGGUGAGUCAAAUAGGAAAUAUGCAGCCACAGCUAUGAACCAUCAUAGUUCUCGUUCACACACAAUCUUUAGGCUAAACGUGACAAGUGUAACAGUUUUAGAAAACUUCGAAAAUGAUGAAAAUGGUAACAGCAUUACAACUGAAAGUGUAUUAAAUUUUGUCGACUUAGCAGGCUCCGAAAGAGUUAGCAACCUCCAGCAAGAUGUUUCUUCAGAUAAUCUCAAGAAAAAAGCAAAAAAUUCUCUUGACACUUUGGUUACUGAAGGGAAGCACAUAAAUACAAGCUUAUUUUACUUAUGCCAAGUAAUUCAUAGGCUUUCGGAAAAAGAUACAAUAAAAUCAGAAACGCACAUUCCAUACAGAAACUCAAAUUUAACCAAAAUCCUGAGAUCUUCAUUAGGUGGGAAUUCUUUGACCUGCAUCAUCUGUACAGCAACACCUACUUUAUCUCAAUUUGAGAUGACAUUAAGCACUCUUCGCUUUGGAGGUAUAGCUAAGACUAUCACAAAUAAAGUAGAAGCUAAUGUGACUUCCAAUAAAAAUGCUGAGCUUCUUCAAGCUUACCAGCAUGAUAUUGAGCAGCUUAAAAAAGACCUUGAAAUUGCUCAGCAAGGCGGAAAAGCAAAGAUUGAUGAAGCGAUCCAAGCGAAAAAGCAGCUUGAAGAAAGGAUUUCGAAGCUGAUACAAAUGCUCCUAAACCAGUCAAGAAAUAACAUACAAAAGCCAGUGAGUGGGAUUUCUCAGCCAUCUUCGCGUGAUUUAUGGUGUAAACAAGUUGGUGAAUUGAUCAUUGACUUUCGGUUAGAAAAUCAUGAUUAUCUUAACAAAAUUAAUGAAAGCGAAACAAAUCAACUAAGAUUUGACGAUAAAGGCUCCAUGGCAAUGGAAAGAAUGAAAUCUAUGCAUAUCGAAUUGAAAAAUAAAGACACUCAAAUUCAAGAACUAAAAGACUGCAAGCAAGCACUAAUUGAUUCAAAAGCAAAUUUGAAAAAUGACUUGAAAAAAGCUUUAACAUUGUGCAAAGAAUUGUCAGAUAAGAAGCAAGCUUAUAAAGUCAAAUGCAAAAAGCUACAUAAGCAUAAUAAAAAUUUGGAGCAGAGGCUGAAUUUGAUAGAAAAACAGAUAGGACUAGAAAAGUUGUCAUCAGAACAGCUACAACAAUUAGAAGCAUUUUUCUUCCAUUCUUUAGAUGCAGUCAAAAACGCAAGAUUUAGAAAAAAAUACGAAAAUAAGCUUAGCUUGAUUACUCAUCAAGAGUCCACAAUUGCAGAGUCCCCUGUCCAUAGAGUAAAUGGCAGGCUGUUUUGCCACUUUGGAGGAGAAGAUUUAACAUCUUCAGGUAGCGACUCAGAGUCCUCUCUUGAAUUUGAAACUUCUUUUUACAAAAAUAAGAAGUUCGGUGAAAGGAGCUUUGCAGCGAGCUUUAACUCGCAAGAUAUCAGCGCCUUAAUGCUUGGUAGUUUAAUAGAAAACGACUAUGAAGAUUCCCCUAAAAAAGACUUGAGUAAAGUCGAUGUAAAUGUUGGGUUGAGGAAGGAGCCACUGUUAGAAAUUCCACAAAAUUCGGAAAAAUGGUUGUAA